AUGUCCUCCGCGAAAGCCAGCCCUUCCCCAGCGGGCCUCCAGACCGACUACUCGUCAUGGGACACCGCCCGUCUCGUCGCCCGAAUCACAGAGUUGGAACAGCAGCUCAGUUCUUCCGCCGAAACCCAGCCCCGCGGCCGGAGCAGACCCAGGAACGACCUCCCUCCUACAUCACCACUGAUCAACCCCGUUGAGUCCUACCCGCCAGGCCCGUUUAACCCAUCGCGAGCGUCCUCGCGCGCAGCAAGACCACCUCGAGAUAUCGACCCGUCAAAGUAUCAUACCCGCUUCAUCGCAUUGAAGUUUGCCUACCUGGGCCAGCGAUAUAAUGGCUACGAACACGCGAAUGGAAAUAUCACACCGUUGCCGACGAUCGAAGAGGAGCUUUGGAAAGCUUUACGAAAAGCUCGUUUAAUUUUCCCUCAUAUCGUGGAGAACUCAGAGAAUGUCGACGAGAGUGGAAGUAGGUCGCUAUCGCGCCCAUAUUCAAUCUCCUGGGAAGGAUGUGAUUACUCCAAAUGUGGAAGAACAGACCGCGGGGUCAGUGCUUUUGGGCAGGUUGUUGGGGUUAGGGUGCGAAGUUCACGCCCGAAGAAAACUGUUGAGCCGGUCGCUACUCCAGAUACUUCUACCUCCGUUACUCCUAAACUCAUUAGCAAAGACGUCGAAAGCCCCUUUGGCGGACUGGGCAUUGAUGUCUCUGAGCUUGAAGUGGAGGAAAAAUGGGACGAUGUCGCCGACGAACUUCCAUAUAUACAAAUGCUAAAUGGGGUUCUCCCCGAAGAUAUCCGUAUCCUAGCGUGGUGCCCUCGCCCUCCUCCGGAUUUUGACGCCAGAUUCUCAUGCCGCGAACGACGAUAUCGAUAUUUUUUCACCCAACCAGCGUUUUGCCCGACACCGGGGCCGCUGGGUUUCGUUAAACGCCCCGGCGACACACCAGGGUCCAAGAUGAGGGAAGGCUGGCUAGAUAUAGACGCAAUGCGGGAAGGAGCCAAACGCUACAUCGGUUCCCACGACUUUAGAAACUUUUGCAAAGUGGACGCUAGCAAACAAAUAACGAAUUUCGUUCGGAAAAUAUCCCAUGCAGACAUUCAAGUUCUAGAUGCUAAGAACCUACCACCCGCGUUUUUAGCCCAGCAAGGAUUUCAACAAUAUGAAAAUGUUGAUCGAGAAUUGCGUGACUCUAGCGAUGUCCAGGAUCCAGCUCUGAAAGUGUACUAUUUCAGCGUUCACGGAUCUGCGUUCUUAUGGCAUCAAGUCCGGCAUAUGGUCGCCGUCUUGUUUCUGAUCGGACAAGGUCUCGAGCCGCCAUCUAUAGUUUCCCAACUACUAGAUGUAAGCACAAACCCUCGACGACCAACGUAUGACAUUGCAUCUGAUGCGCCACUGGUUUUAUGGGAUUGUGUUUUCCCAAAAAAUGGGGAUGAAAACGAGGACGGCCUGGAUUGGGUGUACGCGGGGGACCCACGGACCGCGAAUUCAGGAAGGGGAGAUGGAAAGUUCGGCCAAGGCGGAGUAGUCGACAGCAUAUGGUCAGUUUGGAGACAGCGCAAGAUUGACGAAGUCAUGGCCGCAAGCUUGCUGGAUCUUGCUGUCGGUCAAGGCGACAGCAGUUCGGUCGCUAGUGGAGGAUUCAGGAAUCCUACGCUAGAUAAACUUAAUCGCAGUCAGAAAAUGUUCUACGGCGGUAAUGACGGGAAAGCAAGCGGCAACUACGUACGAUUAAUGCAGAGGCGGAGGAACGAUACCGUGGAGGAGACAAACGCAAGAUGGGUAGCCAAAGGGAAGAGGACCGCCAAGAAGAGCUCCAAGAAAGGGGAUUCCGCGGAUGUUGAGGAUGCCGCUUGA